AUGCAGCCAUCUGCAAGCUUCGUGGGGGCCAAGCUGCCUUCCAGCGGGAACAAGUGGCCAGGUUCAUUGGCAGCCCGUGGCAGCCGAUCGCGCGGCCUGCGAGUGACUGCCUCCGUGGGGCCGCAGCACGGGCAAUCUAUCCGCAGCCAUGUCUAUGCGCCCGCCCGCGAAACGGCCGCGGCCGCGCCGGCGAGCGACAACGGCGUUCGCGCUGCGGCGCACGUGCAGCCGCCAGUGCAGGAGGCGCCGCAGCCGAACCAGCAAGCCCCGCAGCCCUUGCCGCCGCCGCCGCCUCCACAGCAGCAGCAGCAGCAGCAGCAGCAGCAGCAGGUAGCGCCGCCAUCCCUUGACCUGGGCGACGCGGCCGGCUACUGGGACCUGCUUAUGCACCCCGACACUGAGGCCACCAUCGCGCGCGCCAAGAGCGCGUCAGACGCCAGCCUGCUGCGCCGCAAGGGCCACCUCAAGGAGCAGGACCACCUCAUUGAGUACAUGCGCCGCAUGCACGAGACGCACACGUGCAUAGAGGUGAUGCUCAAGAUGGAGCGCUGGAUCACGGUGAGCGGGGUUUGA